UUUAGUAAUCUGACAAGAAUGCCCUUGUUAACAUUGUGCAGAGAGGUGAGCAGUGCUGAUGGGUUACAAAAUAGGAACAAACGGAACGAUCCUUCUACUACAGAAAAAGAGGACAUGGUGAAAACGAAACCUGCUCCGAGGCAAACAGAAGCGAGAAUGAAGGAUCUAGAUACUCUCAGCUCUGGUGCAGCCUUUCCCUGUUCAAGCAUGGAGAUGUUCAAAAAAUCAGCAUUUAACAGUGGACAUCCAAGAAUUUUAAUGUCUCCAACAACAAAACUUACUUCUCUGGAAGAACAUGCACUUUCUUCAAUUGAACGUGGCAGAAAGACCUCCAAUCCUCAUGGACUAAAACUUUCCGGUUUGAGCCUUGAAUCAACAAAAUCCCCAGUUCGGAAAGAUACUAAAUCAGUGGGAAACAGCUGUCAGAACAGAGUUUUACCAGGAAAAACACCAUCUGAUAUUGCCCGUAUUCCUGACUCGCAGAAGAAAGCACCUUCUCCCUUACCUUUAAAGAGAAAAACUUUGGAGGAUAAUGGUUCAGAUAUUAUUGCAUUGCAUCCGUCUAAACGUCUCUCCCAUUCACCAACUGCAAACAGAAAUCUCAUGGACGCAUCAGAAAAGUUUCUUGACAAAAAGGUACCCAGCACCAAUAUCAAGGAAAACGAUCGCAGCAUCAACAGUAAAAUCGGCAAUUGCCAAGUCUCGACACUUCACAUUCCUCAUGAAGCGAAGAUUAAAGAUUUUGAGAUGUCAACAUUCUCGAUUCAAAAUGACAACGUUAAACAGGCUGAAGCUUAUGGCAAGGAACUUGAUCAUCUAUGCAACAUGCUGAGGAAGAAACAUGACGAAGCAAAAGAAAUAUUGGUUGGAGCUAUUGUGAACAGCAAUAAGAUGCUGUUGCUCAACAAUCCUCUUUUCGAUGAGAAGAUUCGCGCAACUCAGGAUUUAUUUGCCAGAUUAGCACUUGAUGGGAUUCAUGGAUGAAAUCAUCAGCUAGAGCAUUUAUAACCCGUACAAAGCAUUUUCAUCAAUAGUCUGGGGGACUGCUAUUGUAGUUUGUUUUUCAUUCUCAGCUUUGUUAUGGUAAAAGCCACGAUAAUCAUUUUAGUUCCUUUGCAGAAAAGGUUCUAACCAGUUUCAUACCGAUACUGUUCGUGUCCGUCUCGUUGGUUGAGGUAUACUAACGUAGGCAUUAGCUGGUUUAGUCACGAAUACAGGUAUUUAGCAUGCAUUGCCUAGCUAUUAUCAUAUCAACUGGUGUUCGAUGUUUCGAAAUCUAUUGCAUCACACACGAACAAAUUUUAUACAAACGUGUUAAACAGAAAGAAAAAAAAUCGACUGAGUUGUAACGAGUAGCUUGCGAAUUGUCCAAAUUGGAUGGUCCCGAUAACAAUUCCGGCGUAUACUAUACAGUUGUAAUAAAAGAACCGUGACAUCAAAUACUUGGUAGUUAGCUAGCCCUCUGGCCUGAAGGUUUGGCUGGUUUUUGAAAUUUGAAGGACCACUCACUAA